GAACCAGAAUACAAAACACAAACUAUCACAAAUCGAAAAUUAAAGAAAAUUGGGAAUGAUGGCGAAAAGAAGUGUCAUGAUGAUGAUGAUGCUUAUGAUGUUGGUGAUGCCGAUGUGGCCGAAUGAAUGCUAUGGAUGGGGAACAGAGACGGCAGAUGAUAUGGUUAGAAGCGAAGCAGAGCAUGCUGAUAACGCAGCCGAGACCGCUCAUGACAAAACUGCUUCUUGGACUGGUUGGGUUUCAGACAAAAUCUCCACAGGAUUGGGAAGCAAGAAAGACGAGGCAGAAGAAGCGGCUGAAUCUGCGAAGAACUAUGCUUAUGACAAGGCUGAAUCCGCAUAUGACAAUGCGGCCGGUUACGCCAAGGACUUUGCAGCAGACAGGGCCGGAUCUGCUUACGAUAGUGCUCAAAAUGCGAAACAUUAUGCUUAUGAUAAGGCUGGUGAUGCAAAGGAUAUGGCCUAUAAUAAGACCGGUGAAGCUAAAGACAUGGCUUACAACAAGGCCGGUCAAACUAAAGACAUGGCUUUCGACAAUGCAGGUCAAGCCAAAGACAUGGUCUAUGACAAGCCGGGUCAAGCUAAGGACAUAGCCUACGACAAGGUGGGAUCAGCCUACGACAAAGCCGGUCAAGCGAAAGACAUGGCCUAUGACAAGGCCGGUCAAGCCAAGGAUAAGGUUUUUGAGAAGGCGGGAUCAGCCUACGACAUUGCUGGUCAAGCCAAAGACAGGGCCUAUGACAAAACCGGUCAUGCCAAAGAUAAGGCAUAUGACACGGCGGAAUCAGCCUACGAAAUGGCCGGUCAAGCAAAAGACAUGGCCUACGACAAGGCUAGUAAAGCUAAGGACAUGACUACCGACAAAGCGAGAUCAACUUAUGACAAGGCGGAACAAGCUAAGGACAUGGCCUACGACAAAGCACGAUUAGCCUCUGAAAAGGCUGGUCAAGCCAAGGACGUUGCCUAUGACAAAGCCGAAGAUGCGAUUAGGAUGGCUACCGAUAAGAGUGGUGAAGCUAAAGAUAAUGCUGAUGAAUCAUACGAAAGAUUCAAAGAAGGGUCUAAGAAUGCCAAAGAUAUGGCAUCAGAUAAAGCUCAAGAUGUUAGAAACAAAACAGCGGACGCAUACGGAUCAAGGAGCGAAGCAGACGAAAGAUUCGAGGAUGCCUUGCGUAAGGUUGGGGAAAGGUAUGGUGCAGCUAAGGAUUCAAUGUCAGAGAAGACAAAAGAAGCUUAUGAGAGUGCAAAGGAGAAGGCUUCUGAUGCUGCUGGAGAGUACGGUACAUAUGUGAGAGACCGUAGUGCCGAGCUGUAGAACCGGAGAAGUUAUAUUUACGUCUAGGGUAAAAGUUAAAAGUAUGAUUUUAGAUAUCUAAUCUUCGUUUGUGAAAUAAAUUUUCUUAUAUAUAUGUGUAAUAUAUGUAUAUGUAAGAAUGAUGGAGUUACUUGUAUUAGUUUCUAAAGCAGAUUCUGAAUUAAA